AUGGAUAAGAUCGACUGCUACGUCGUGCCGCAGACCACGGGCACCGGCCGGAACAUCUUCCAGGGCGGCAGCCCGCUCUCGGCGUCGCUGCCGCUGCUCGGCGUGCAGCUCGUCCUCAUCGUCGCCGUCACCCGCGUCCUCUACUUCCUCCUCAAGCCGCUGAAGCAGCCCCGCGUCGUGUCCGAGAUCAUGCUUCUGGCGCGUGAUUUUCAGGGCGGGAUCAUACUUGGGCCGUCCGUGCUGUCGCGGCACGCGGCGUUCAGGGAGGUGGUGUUCCCGGCGAGGGGCGAGCCGGUGCUGAACACGGUGGCGACGUUCGGGCUCAUGUACGUCAUCUUCCUCAUCGGCGUGCGGAUGGACCCGAGGCUCGUCGUCCGCUCCGGGAGGAAGGGCGUGGUCAUCGGCCUCUCGGGCUUCCUCCUCCCGCUGGCCAUGACCGGCGCGGGCUCCUCCGGCGAGGCCAUGGCGACGGAGCCGGACGUGUCGAGGCGGUCCACGUUCUUGUUCGCGCUCGCCACCUCGCUGUCGGUCACGUCGUUCGCGGUGCUGUCGCCGAUCCUGUCCGAGCUGAGCCUCCUCAACUCGGACCUCGGCCGCAUCGCCAUGUCGGCGUCGAUGACCACGGACGGCAUCGCGUGGAUCAUCAUGGUGGUGUACAUCCUCGCCGAGGCGUUCCUCGUGUCGCCCGCCACGUCGAUCUGGGCGUUCCUCUCGCUGGCGGUGCUCGCCGCGUUCAUACUGUUCGUGGUGCGCCCCGUCGCGCUGCGGGUGAUCGAGCGCACGCCGCCGGGCAAGCCGGUGGAGGAGACCUACGUGUUCGUCUUCCUCCUCGUCGUCCUCCUCGUCGGCUUCUACAGCGACGUCAUCGGGACGAACUCGUUCCACGGCGCGCUGAUGCUGGGGCUGGCCAUCCCCGACGGCCCGCCGCUCGGCACGGCGCUCGGCGAGAAGAUCGAGGCGAUGGUGUCCGGCCUGAUCCUGCCGCUCUACUACGCCAUGACCGGGCUCAGCACCGACGUGUGGCGCAUGCACUGGGGCAGGCUGCAGGUCGUCAUGUUCCUCGCCUGGGUCGGGAAGCUCGUCGGCGUCAUGGUGUCGUCGCUGUACCUUGAGAUCCCACUCCGCGACGCUGUCUCGCUCAGCCUCUUCAUGAACUCCAAGGGCAUCGUCGAGGUCAUCACCUUCAACUUCUUCUUGACCAACAAGCUCAUCGGCAAGAACACGUUCAGCAUCCUGAUCUGCUUGUCGGUGGCGAUCACGGCGGUGUCGGUGCCGGUGGCCGGUUGGCUGUACGAUCCGGCGCGGCGCUACGCCGUGUACAAGCGGCGCACGGUGCAGCAUCUCAAGGCGGACGCCGACCUGCGGAUCCUCGCGUGCGUCCACGACCAGUCGCACGUCCCCGGCACGCUCGCCGUGCUCGAGGCGUCGAACGCGACGCCACAGACGCCGCUCAGCCUCUACCUCCUCCAGCUCGUCGAGAUCGCCGGCCGCUCCGCGCCGGUGUUCAUCCCGCACAAGCUCCGCCACAGCGCCUCCCGAGCCGGCGCCGCGGCGGCCAGCGCGGCGCCGCCCACCGACUCCGACCGCAUCAUCAACGCCUUCUUCCAGUACGAGCUGAAGCACCCGGAGGGCGCCGUGUCCGUGCACCCCUUCACCACCAUCUCCCCCUACUCCUCCAUGCACGACGAGGUGUGCCGCCUGGCCGUCGAGAAGCGCACGUCGCUCAUCCUCCUCCACUACCACAAGCGCCACAUGCUCGCCGGCGGCGUGCGCGCCGCCGUGGGGCUCCGCGUCGUCAACCGCAAGGUGCUGGAGGUCGCGCCGUGCUCCGUCGCGGUGUUCGUCGACCGCAACGCCGGGAGCGUCGGCCUCUGCGCCUUCAUCCCGGGCCCGGUGCAAGACCAAUCGACGUCCUCCAGGAGCAGGAGCGGCGGGCACGCGGCCAGCGGCAGCGGCCAAGGCUUCAAGGCGGCCGUCGCGUCGCUCUUCUUCGGCGGCGGCGACGACCGCGAGGCGCUGGCCUACGCGACGCGCAUGGCGCGCCACGAGGGCGUGGCGGUGGGCGUGAUCCGGUUCUUGCCGGCGCGGGGCAUCAAGGACGAGCCGUCCGACCGCCGGAUCGACAACCGCGCCAUCGAGGAGGUGAAGGCGCUCGCGGCGAGGAGCAGGAACAUCAAGGUCCAGGAGGAGCUCGUCGGCGACAUGGAGAGGAUCGUCCAGGUGCUGCGGGGGCUCGACGAGGCGGGCUACGACCUUGUGCUCGUCGGGAUGCGGCACAGGUGGUACCCGGUGAUGCCGGCGAACGGGAUGUCGGAUUGGAGCGAGUGCCCGGAGCUCGGCGUCAUCGGCGACCUCCUCGCCUCGUCGGACUUCGACACGCCGUACUCGGUGCUCAUCAUGAAGCAGCAGGACCAGGGCGGGCUGAACGCCGCCGUGCCGGGCGCCCAGGACGUGUGGCACGUGAACGACGGCGGCGCCGAGGACGCGCCAGCGCCGCCAAGAAACAUGUCAACCGCCGGAUCUUAGCAGGUUCAGGCAGUAGGCGAUUGUUCUGUUCUAGCCUCUAGGACCUGGUUCAAUGUAGACUUUCAGAUUCCCUUUUUGCGUCCAAGUAUGUUGUGAUGUAUAGCUAUCAGGAUUAGCAUCAAUCCUUAAACUGAGAUGAGAUCUUAAGAUUAUUUCAAGGAAACAGCAUUGUGUAUAGCAGCAAUGGAACAAAUGCAUCCAAUGUUAAUUUGACAAUUCAGUCAAUGAGUAAGGUCCAAAUUCCAAUA